AUGCUCUUCGAGAUCGACGAUCGCUCGACUGUGCAAACAUUCACGCUCAACACCAGCAGCAGGAUCGAGGCGCUCGAGCGAGAACUCCUUCAGCUUCGGAACGCGGAAGCCUCGGGAUCUGGUACAUCGAAAGGAGUGGCGGCACCCCCGAGCACUUUGACAAGCACGGCCCCGCCUCCGACGAUACCAGCAGCAUCGCCUUCGCCGCCUACGCAAUCCACGUCUCAACCUAUUGCUACAUCCGCUCCCCCAGCACCACCAGUACACCCCUUCGCAAACGCUCGCGAUGCAACAUACACCCCGCCGAACGUUCGAAACUUCGCAACUCCGCCGAAGCCCUCAAACGACAAGGGCAAGGAACCAGCGUACAAGACCAUCGUCCCCGUUAUCCAGCCGAAGCUUGCCGAGGAAAUCUUCCAGCGUUCAAUGAAGUCACAGUUCGUCACGCUGACCCCAGAAGAGUUGCUGUCGAUCACGCCCGAUGUUCGAACCAAGUACCGCGACGCCAUCACCCCUAAGCGAGUCUUGACGUAA